AUCUAAGGGGUUCUUUCUCAUUAGUAGCAUCAUAACAAUCAUGAAUGUUCUGGGUUGUGCAACAGGCUAUGAUGAAGUGGAUGAUGAUGAUGGUGAAUCAAAAGAGAGGGAGGAGCUGGUUUUAAACAUAGUGACCAUGGUGAUCUCCAUGGGUAUGAUCGCAUUGAUAACUAUAGCUGUCGUUGCCAAUUUAGACGGUUCUCGACAAGGUGCAGGGACCAUGAAAACCCUCUUGUAUGUCUGCAAAAAAACAGAUGAACCAGAUAGCUGUGUCCGCCACUUGAAGCAUGUUGGAGAGAGAGCUCCGAUUUUGGAUUACGUGAAAGCUGCGAUCAAUGCAACCCUCGAUGAAUUGCAGGUGGUGAACAUGCCAAAACUUGAUCUCGAAACGAACCUCACGCCUCUGCAGGCCCAGGCAUAUGGAGAUUGUUUGCAAUUGUUGACUUUGGCAAAGGAAGAACUAGAUUCCUUGUACACCACGUUGUCAAUGCUUCCUUUUACGAACCCACAAGAUGUUCUCAACAGCCUCAGUGCUGUGAUUUCAUACCAACAAGCUUGCUCUGCUGGGUUGAUGAGAACAAACAGCUAUGAGCUUUUGGGAUUUUCAUUAAAAAGGCCCAUUCGGCUUACAAGGAUAGCCUUAGCCAUUGUUGACAAUUUCUCUUAUUCUGGUUCUGAGAAGCAUAGUACCGAUGAUCACGAUCACGAUCACGAACAUCAACUAGAUGGAAGUUCAGCCUGGUUCUCAGGAGCACAGCGCAAAAUGAUGGAGUAUCAAAGAAAUGGUGAUGAUGAGGUGAUAGAUGCUGUUGUGGCUCAAGAUGGAAGUGGCCAUUUCUCAACCAUAAGUGAGUCACUCAAUGCUUGCCCAAAGAAUAGUGAGGGUGUGGGUAAGGCUGAGAGUCCAUGUGUUAUUUAUGUGAAAACAGGUAAAUAUGAGGAGAGAGUGGUGGUUCCUAAGGAUGUAGGCCAAGUGAUCAUGUAUGGUGAUGGACCUAUGAAUACAACUGUGACUGGAAUCAGCACAAGAGACCACAAGAUAUCGACAACCCACUUCAGAGCAGCUACUUUUGUGGUAAUGGGGAAAGAAUUCAUCUGCAAAAACAUGGGUUUCACUGCCCCAGUUAAUAUCACAGGAGCACCAGCACUACUUGUCCUUUCUGAUCAUGCAGCAUUCUUCAACUGCAAAAUAGAUGGUGAGGAAGGUAGCUUGCAUGCUAUGGCGCAACGCCAGUUCUACCGUGACUGCGAGAUUCAUGGCAACGUGGACAUCAUCAAGGGAGACUCUGCAACUGUGAUUCAGAACUCACAAAUCAUUGUCAAGCCUCGAAACUCUCUUGAUCUGGUUUUGAGGAGAAAUAUGGUGAGUGCUCAAUCCAGAUCAGACAAGUAUGAGACAACUGGGCUUGUCAUCCAAAACUGCACCAUCGCAACAGCACAAGCUGAAAGUGGUAAUAAAAGUCUUGCAGGUUCUACUUACUUGGGCACCCCACAUACUGAGUACUCGAGAACCAUCAUUAUGGAAUCAUUUCUAGGAGAUGUGAUACAUCCUGAAGGUUGGUGUAAAUGGAGUGACAACUAUGGGAUUGAUACAGCAACAUUCCGAGAGUAUAAUAACAGAGGACCAGGGGCAAAUACUACAAAGAGGGUCAGGUGGAAUACCUACAAAACAGUUUAUGAGAGAAACCAAAUGAAGAGUUUCUUAGCUGCUGAGUUUAUUAUUCAAUCUGGCCAGUGGUUGCAAAAUGCAGGCAUUCCCUAUGAAUCUGGGUUUAUUUACAAAAAAUAG